UUAAUGAUUAUUAAACUUUAAUUCUAUUUCAAAUGAAAAAAAAUUAUGAGUGUCAAUAGGUGUUUGCUUAAAAUGCAUACACGACAAUCAAUUUUGCUGAUUUUUACUUGAAAAUUUGCGAUGUAUGCAAAAAUCAGCAAAAACCGAUUACCAAAAAAAUUAGUCUUAAAAUUUGUAAUAUUUGCUUCAAAACCUAUGACUACUACCAAUUUUUUCAUUUACUGUAUAGCUGUAAGUUUAAUCGGGUAAUUUUUUUUCUUUGUUUUUUCAGGAGGAGGACCCAUCAUUUCACUAGGGUUUGUCCUUGCAUGAAUUAAGCAAUUUUACUUAGGGUUUUUGACAUAUUUAGCCAUCUCCAUUUCCCAUAUAUAUAGCAAUGGAUAAAGAAGAGCACUACUCGGCAGCUUUUAACGGUCUAGAUUACUCUUUAUAUCAGCAACAAGAACAAGAACACCAGCUCAAUAAUCCAAAUCAGCACCAACAAAUUAUACCAUCUUCUACAUUUUGUAAUUCUUCUUCUCCUCUCGAUAAAUUAAGCUUUGCAGAUGUUAUGCAGUUCGCAGAUUUCGGCCCGAAAUUAGCGUUAAAUCAAACUAAGAUUAAUGAGGAUCAAGAAACCGGUAUCGAUCCGGUUUAUUUCUUGAAGUUUCCGGUUUUGAAUGAUAAGAAAGAGGAGCAGUCUCUGAUGGAACAAGAAGAAGUUAGGUUUUCCGACGAUAACGCAUCGGUGCAAAAUCAAGAAAAUGUCGAAAACAAGAAUAUUCCGGUACCGGAAGUGAAGAACAAGAGGAAGAGACCGAGAAGUAUUAAGACGAGUGAGGAAGUAGAGAGCCAAAGAAUGACUCAUAUUGCGGUUGAGAGAAAUCGGAGGAAACAAAUGAAUGAACAUCUUCGAGUCUUGAGGUCUCUCAUGCCGGGCUCUUAUGUACAAAGGGGAGAUCAAGCAUCUAUUAUAGGUGGAGCAAUUGAGUUUGUGAGAGAAUUGGAGCAACUACUACAAUGUUUAGAAUCUCAAAAGAGGAGAAGAAUCUACGGAGAGGCGGCGGUAGCUACAAAACCGAUCGGAGAUUCAACCGUGACAAUGCAACAACCCGAUGAAUCGCCAUUCUUUCCGCCAUUACAACUUCCGAACGACGAAAUGAAACUAAUGGAGUUCGAAACGGGACUACGCGAAGAAACGGCUGAGAGCAAAUCCUUCUUAGCUGAUGUUGAAGUAAAGGUUUUAGGGUUUGAUGCUAUGAUCAAGAUUCUUUCAAGGAGAAGGCCAGCUCAACUUAUUAAAACCAUUGCAGCUUUGGAAGAUUUGCAGCUUAAUAUACUUCAUACCAACAUCACUACCAUCGAACAAACUGUUCUCUAUUCAUUCAAUGUCAAGAUAGCAAGUGAAUGUAGAUUUACAGCAGAAGAAAUAGCGAGCUCAGUUCAAGAAAUAUUCAGUUUCAUUCAUGCAAACAGCAGCAUGUGAUAGUAAUAUGAAAUAGACAAAAAAGCUGAGCUGUUAUGCAAAUUUAUUUUGUUUGUUUUUUCAUUAAUCCCUAUAUGGAUUUUUUCAGUACUUUGCUUC